AUGAGUGCUUCAGCCGUGAAGGGCGUCGCCGCCGCUGUCCAGCCUUUGCCAAAUUCCAUUAAGGCGGGCUUGUUAUUGUCCCGUAUACCGAUUGUUACGCCGGAACUAUCCAAACUUGAGUCGCAAUACUAUCAGUAUCAGAGUGAACUUGAAAGACGGUUAAUGUGGACAUUCCCUCAGUUCUUUUACUUCAAGAGAGGUACAUUGUCUGAGAGGCGGUUUUUGAAUGUGCAGAAGGGACUUGUUCCCAAGCUCCCAGGCGUAUGGUUUCCUAAAGGCAUUCCUCUUAUCAAGUUCGGAAGAGACACGAGAAAGAAGCAGGAGGUUAAUUUACCGAAGGAAUCCACCGAGGAGAUGUCUAGCAGUGAUAUGUCCAGACCUAUUGUUCCAAACCCACGGAUCACUCCUGCGGAUGAGCAGAAUAAUACCAAAACAUUGGAGCGGCAGCUGAGCAGGACCCUAUAUCUUCUCGUUAGGAGCAAGGAGGGAUGGCAGUUACCUAGCUUCCCUGUCCCUCAGAAGGGAGAUGAGAAGGUCCCAUUGCAUGAGUCAGCUGAAAGUGGCAUCAGAGAGCUCAGCAAGCAUCAAAUGAAAACCUGGACGGUAUCGAAUAAGCCAAUUGGCGUCCUUGAGAAAGACAACAAGUACACCUUUUUGAUCAAGUCGCACAUGUUAGCGGGUGAUUUCUGCCUAGCGGAUGGCACGGAAUAUCUUGAGCACGCGUGGUUGACAAAGGAUGAGAUCAAGGAACGCGUGGACGCUGCCUAUUUCUCAAAAAUUGGAUUCAUGUUGGCGAACGUCUGA